GGGUUGGUGUGCCACACCCAGCACUGCUGAAUAGAAUCAUAGAAUGGUUUGGGUUGGAAGUGACCUUAGGCACCAUCUAAUUCCAGUGCCCUCCCAGGGGCAGGAACCAUUAAAGCCAUUCCCCUAUCACUACAUGCCCUUGUAAAAAGUCUCUCCUCAGUUUUCCUGCAGCCCCUUCAGGUACUGGAAGGCUGCCAUAAGGUCUCCCUGGAGCCUUCUCCUCUCCAGGCAGAACAACCCCAGCUCUCAGCGCGGCCCCAUAGCAGAGGUGCUCCAGCCCUUGGAUCAUCUUCUUAGCCUCCUCUGGACCCAUUCCAACAGUUCCAUCUCCUUCUGCUGAGGAUUCCAGAACUGGACAUGGUACUCCAGGUACCCAGAACCUUUGGCUCGGGCUGCCUUCUCUCGGCUGCUGCCCCGGCGCAUCCGCGGAGCCGCGCGCAUCCCCGCUCCUCGGCGGGGCGGGGCGGGGGCGGUGCUGCGGGCGCUCCGCACGCCAUGGCCGCGCUGCUGCUGCUGCUGCCGCUGAUGCUGCCCCUGCCCGCCGCCGCCCGCGCCCCGCCGCAAACCAUCGCCGUGGUGGGCGCUGGGCUGGGCGGCUCGGCCGUCGCCUAUUUCCUGCAGCAGCACUUCGGGCCGCAGGUGCAGCUGGACGUGUACGAGCCGGCGGGCGUGGGUGGGCGGCUGGCCACUGUCACCGUCAACAAGCAGCAGUACGAGAGCCGAGGAGCCUCCAUCCACGCCCUCAGCCUCCACAUGCAGAACUUCGUCAAGAUCCUGGGCCUCAAGCACCGGCGCGAGGUGGCAGGGAAGAGUGCCAUAUUCAGUGGGGAGCAUUUCGUCCUGGAGGAGACAGACUGGUACUUGCUCAACCUCUUCCGUCUCUGGUGGCACUAUGGCAUCAGCUUCCUGCGCCUGCAGAUGUGGGUGGAGGAGGUGAUGGAGAAGUUCAUGAGGAUCUACAAGUACCAGGCACAUGGCUACGCCUUCUCCACCCUGGAGGAGCUGCUGCGCUCGCUGGGGGGUGACACCUUUGUCAACAUGACGCAGCGCUCGGUGGCCGAAUCCUUGCUGGAGGUGGGCGUUACACAGCGCUUCGUGGACGAUGUCAUCGCAGCCGUCCUGCGCUCCAGCUACGGGCAGUCAGUGCUGGUGCCCGCGUUUGCAGGAGCCAUGUCGCUGGCAGGGGCCCAGGGCAGCACCUGGGCAGUGGAAGGAGGCAACAAGCUGGUGUGCUCAGGUCUGCUGAAGCUGACCAAAGCCAGUGUCAUCCCGGCCAGGGUGACGGGCAUCUCUCUGCACAGUUCGGAGGGCAGAUCCCUGUACCAGGUGCACUACGAGGGCAGUGAAGGCCCUGGCUCAGCUUUCUAUGAUAUGGUGGUGGUGACAACUCCCCUGCACCCCAGCAGGAGCAACUUCACCUUUGAGAACUUUGAGCCACCCAUUGCUGACUUCCCUGGAGCCUUCCAGCCCUCUGUCACCUCUGUGGUGCAUGGCUACCUCAACUCUUCCUACUUCGGCUUCCCCGACCCCAAGCUCUUCCCCUUCGCCAGCAUCCUCACCACCGAUACCCCCAACCUCUUCUUCAAUGCCAUGGACAACAUCUGUCCUGUCAACAUCUCAGCAGCUUUCCGUCGCAAGCAGCCCCAGGAGGCUGCGGUGUGGCGUGUCCUCUCCCAGCAGCCACUGGACAAGCAGCAGCUGAAGACCCUCUUCAGGUCCUACUACUCGGUGCAGGUGACAGAGUGGCAGUCAUAUCCUCGCUAUGAUGCUGCCAAGUCCCUCCCACCCAUCGUUCUGCACGAAAACCUCUUCUACCUCAGCGGUGUGGAGUGGGUGGCCAGCUCCAUGGAGAUGAUAGCAGUGGCGGCCAAGAACGUGGCCCUGCUGGCUUACAACCGCUGGCAUCAGGACCUGGACAAAAUUGACCAGAAGGACUUGAUGCACAAGGUGAAGACAGAGCUGUGAUGCCUGUGAGGAGGUGGUGGGCCAGGAGCUUCUGCGUGUAGUGGCCUGGGGUGUAUUUAUUGCCUUGGGCACACCAGGGGGUUCAGGGCUGGGGGAAAGGAGAUGGGCUGUGUCCUGGAUGACUUAAAUGUGCGUCGCUAUCAGGAAUACAA